AGCUGACAACAAAAAGAAAUUGAUAAACACCACCGUUUUCUCUCUCUAAUCGCUCCUCCUAAUCUUUGGUGGUCGUUCCGGGUCUCCGGAGGUGUAUCAUAAUCUCAUUUUCCCGGAAUUUUUCUCCCUUCACUCGCCGAUCUUUCGCUAAUGGGGUCUUGAUCAGGGGCCUCUGAGUUUCCGUGAUAAGAGUAGCUGUUGGAUCGAUCAUAUGAGGUGCUUACUCGGUUCAUUGGGCGAUUCAGAUGUACAAUUGCUGGUGAAUUUCGGUGAAUUGAGUUCUUUCACGCAUAAGCUUGUCGAAUUGUUGUAUUGGAAUUCUAGUAAUAUACUAGUAGAGGGAGGGUAUUAUGGCUGAGGGAGUCGAGCAACUUGAACUUAAGUUCAGAAUCUUCGAUGGGACAGAUAUAGGUCAUGGUUCUUAUUCGUCAUCCAUCACAGUUGCAACUCUUAAACAAAGGCUUCUUUCCGAGUGGCCUCAAGAUAAAUCAGUAGUCCCAAAGUCAGUAAAUGAUAUGAAAAUAAUCCAUGCUGGGAAGGUUUUGGAGAAUGGCAAAACAGUUGCUGAAUCUAGAGCGCACAUAGGCGACCAUCCUGGUGGAGUUAUUACAAUGCAUGUUGUUGUACAGCCAGCUGUUGUUAAGAAAAAGACAGAUAAGAAUCUAUCUGGGAAACAAAAACAGGGCUCCUGUUCCUGCACUUUUUCCUGCACUAUCCUAUAGGGGUCUGCCUGUAAAGAGCAUCAAAAUGGUGAGGCCAUUAUUUCGUGCCCUUUUUUGUUUUUGUUUUUAGUUUUUACUUUCAUCGAAAUAUAAUAUAGUGCACUGUAGCAUCAACGAUGAAAGGCUCUUUGAGAAACUAAAUGAAUUGGCCUCUAUAAUUUGAAACAUUGCGUUCAA